CAACCACAUCGAAACGCCAUGAGCUCCUCCCUAAGUAGUAGCUUAGGCGGUGUCGCGAACCGCAUGGACUGGCUCUAUGCCUACAUCGCUGGCACUGCUUUCCUUGUCUGCGGCUUGGUCGCCGUCGUUCUCUUAUUAUCUUCUCAAAAGCAGAAGGCCGGAUUCAACAAAAAUGGUGGCCUCUUGACCUAUGUGAAUUUUAUUUAUGCCACAUUCCUCAAACCCCAUGACAAAACUGGCAAUGGCCAACAGGACGCCUUGGAGAGCUUCUACAAGACACAGGCUGGUGCGUACGAUGCCACGCGCAAGCGCCUUCUACGUGGCCGAGAGGACAUGCUUGGUCUGGCUGCAGCGCAGCUGAAGUUUAAGGCGGAGAAUAAGGAGCUUAAAGCUGGAAAGGCAAUCUGGGUUGAUAUUGGCGGUGGUACUGGAUACAACAUCGAAGCUAUGUCAGCUUUCUUGCCCGUAAACGAGUUUUUUUCCCACGUCUACCUGGUCGACCUUUCCCCUUCUCUUUGUCAGGUAGCUCGUGAACGGUUUGCGCGACUGGGGUGGAAGAACGUCAGCGUUGUCUGUCAAGAUGCGCGGUCUUUCCGCUUGCCAGACGCAGACAGCGUUGAUCCACGGACGAAGACCGACCCGGGCGCAGAUCUCAUUACCAUGAGCUAUAGUCUGUCUAUGAUUCCCGAUUAUUAUAGUGUGGUUGACUCCCUCCCGGCGCUGUUGAAGCCGUCCGGAAUACUGGGAGUUUGUGAUUUCUACGUUCAAAGUAUCGUGGAUGUUUCGUCCCGCAAUUACACCGGGGGUGCCUUCAACCGCCAUGUCAACUGGCUUGGCCGGGUCUUCUGGCGUGCUUGGUUUGAUGUGGACCGUGUGAGCCUCGAAGCUGCCCGCAGGGAUUACUUGGAAUAUCGAUUCGGAACGGUUGUCUCGGCUAGUGAAAGAAACUACCUCCUCGGAGGAAUCCCGUACUACAUCUUCGUCGGAUGCCAGAAGGAUAUCACCUCGAGCCAAUCUGGUAGGGAGGCCAUUGAAAAACUGGAUGCAUCCUUCACUGAAUCGCCAUACCUUUCCCCCGCCAACCAUCGUCAGGAGAUGGAUAAAGCCAUUGAAUUGAGUGCACAAGAGGUACGCUCCAAAGCGUACGAAUCUGCCGUCAUCAACCUGGGUUCCAACCUCCCCCUCCCGUCCUCUUUCUACCAAAACCACCACUACCGGAUAUUCUACAACGAUCUGCUUCCCAAGCACACCCAGUUCAAGAACGAAUACAUCUACGCUUUUAACUGGGAAGACCCUCGCGUAGAUCACCGUCUACUUGACAUUAAACGAGACGACGUGAUCCUGGCAAUCACAAGCGCAGGGGACAACAUCUUGGACUAUCUUCAGAAGAGCCCCCGACGCGUGCAUGCCGUUGACUUGAAUCCUAACCAGAAUCAUCUCCUUGAACUUAAGGUUGCAAGCUUCAUUGCCCUUGGUCACCGUGAUGUCUGGAAGAUCUUCGGCGAAGGAAAGCACUCUGAAUUCCGCCAGCUUCUCAUCUCGCGACUGAGCCCACACCUCUCAAGCCAAGCAUUCCACUCACGCCACGCAAUUAAGAUGGUCCGUUACCUCUUCAAGGUCUUCGGACUGGAAGCGCAAGUGCGAAAACUGUGCGAGGCCCAGACAAUAGCCGAGCAGCGUGAAAUCUGGCCGCGUAUCCGCUCGGUCUUGAUGAGCAAGCCUCUUCACUGGGCUGUCGUCGGAACCGAAUGGUUUGCUUGGAAGGCCGCAGGCGUGCCUCGGAAUCAGCGAAACAUGAUCAUUGACGAUUUCUUCAAGCGAAACGGCCUCACCCACGACAUGAAACAGGCCAAGGACAUCAGCGGCCAAUCAAUUUGGGAAUACGUGGUUGAUACUCUGGACCCUGUUGUCAAGGACACUUUGAUCAGCAAUGACAAUUACUUCUAUUUCCUGUGUCUACAGGGGCAAUUCUCCAGAAGAUGCCACCCCACCUACUUGUCUCCCAAAGCGCAUGUGAAGCUGUCAUCUCCGGGGGCUUUUGAUGGUCUUCGCAUCCACACAGAUGAGAUCAAUGAAGUGAUCAAACGGAUAACACCGGGCAGCCUAACCAUUGCCGUGGUCAUGGACUCGAUGGAUUGGUUCGACCCCGAAGGGAACGAUGCCUCGGUGCAGGCACAGAAGCUGAACCACGCUUUGAAAAUGGGCGGUCGUAUACUGCUCCGUUCGGCUAGUGUCGACCCCUGGUACGUGCGACACUUUGAGGAGAACGGCUUCUCUGCACGACGUGUCGGCGCCCGAUUCCCGGGAACAUGUAUUGACCGGGUGAACAUGUAUGCCUCGACGUGGAUCUGCACCAAGACCAAGGAACUGGAAACGGAGCGACCAACUGCCGAGCGAUCGAUCUCUUUACUGUCGCUGAAUGAGAAGCGGUCAAGUGUAGAGCAUCUUGACCUAUAAUUAACAUUUGUCGAUCUACACAGCGAGUACGAGAAUCUAUUUUUACACUUAUGAUUAUUUUCUCAAAUAAAGUUCAGCUCAUUGGGUGAGAUUUGUCUGACUAAGAGAUGAGACAGCAGAUGAAAAUUUAUACGCUGUUGGUUACAGGGUGUGACCACUAACACAAUCGAUGUAUGUAUCUUUGUAAAUCAUGAAUGAAUGAAUGAAUGUU